AUGAAGGCCCGCCUGCUCCCAGGGCUGGCCAUCUGCCUCCUGAUCGGGCUCCUGGCAGGGGCCAAGCCUGUGCAGGAGGAGGUGGACCCCUACGCCGAGCUGCCGGCCCUGCCGUACUGGCCCUUCUCCACCUCCGACUUCUGGAACUAUGUGCAAUAUUUCCAGUCCCUGGGAGCCUACCCCCAGAUUGAGGACCUGGCCCGCACCUUCUUCGCACACUUCCCCCUGGGGACCACCCUGGGCUUCCAUGUCCCCUACCAGGAGGACUGA